GAGAAGGUCCUCGCUGGUAUAAAUGAACUCAGGACGCGAUACAGAGUCUCUUUUAUUGAAGUGACACUGCUGUCCUGGGAGUCAGAGCUACAAAGUAGCUUUGACAAAUAACGAGCAUGGCAGCAGAACAGGCAUUUGUCACUUUGGCCACCAACGAUAGCUACGCGAGAGGAGCUAUGGUGCUCGGGAAAUCCCUUAGGAACCACAAGACUUCCAAAAAGCUGGCGGUGCUCAUUGGGCCGCACGUGUCGGAUCAGUCGAGGGCGGUGCUCCGCGAGAUCUUUGACGAAGUCCGGCCGGUGGACGUGUUGGACAGCGGGGACGCGGCGCACUUGGCCAUGAUGAAGAGACCCGACCUGGGGGUCACUUUCACCAAGCUGCACUGCUGGACUCUCACGCGCUACUCCAAGUGCGUGUUCAUGGACGCGGACACGCUGGUGAUAUCAAACAUAGAUGAGCUGUUUGACAGAGAGGAGCUGUCUGCGGCUCCAGACCCCGGCUGGCCUGACUGCUUUAACUCUGGUGUGUUCGUAUUUCGCCCGUCCAACGAAACCUACGGCAAACUCCUGCAGUAUUGCACAGAGCAUGGCAGCUUCGAUGGAGGAGACCAAGGAGUCCUGAACGGCUUCUUCGGCGACUGGGCAACAGCCGACAUCAACAAACACCUCCCUUUCAUCUACAACAUGAGCAGCAUAGCCAUCUACACGUACCUCCCUGCGUUUAAACAAUACGGUGCAAACGCGAAGGUGGUGCACUUCCUGGGCCAGAUGAAGCCGUGGAGCUACACGUAUAACCCCGUGCAGAGGAAGCUGAGAGGAGACGCGCAGGCCUCGUCUCAGCCGGGCUUCCUGCUGCAGUGGUGGGCUCUGUACAGCGCCGAGGUCCUGCCCCUGAUGAUCCGAGAGUACGGAGACCAGCCCUUCGUCUCGGGCUGUGAGGAGGACGCUGUGGAGAGCGAGGAGCGUGUUCAGCCGCUCUUGUCCUCAGCGGAGCGCAAGCAGAGAUGGGAGCAGGGCCAGGCCGACUACAUGGGAAUAGACUCUUUCGACAACAUUCAGAAAAAGCUCGACCUUUUCCUGAAAUAAUGAGUCCGCACGUCAAACACACACAAAGCGGAGAGGGCUUUCAGCUCAGCGAGGCUGCGUCCGCUAACACGUCACACUCUCUGUCGUCUUCAUUCGAGCAUUUAAUGCCAACUAAACAUUUAAAAACUGCAAAAUGUGAAUCCUGCCAGUGCAUGGCAAUCUUAUAGAUACAUACAGGCCAGCUUUUUCUAUCACGUGCUUUAAAGAUGCACUUUCAGACAUUUUUCUGGACUUCUGAACAUGCAAUAUGCCAGUGCUCAAAUGAUCCGGUUUAAAGUGAUAAAAAUAAACCCAGCUAUACUGUUAGUAUCAACGAAACAUGUUUACUGUACAUCAAACGGCUUUUAUCAGUCUGCUGGGAGUUUCACCUCGCAUGUACACGAUUUGAAACUCGACUUUUGAUUUAUUUAGGGAUGCUCGCUUUUUUACUGAGGGGGGAAAAAAAGAGCCGUGUGCCUUUAACUCGAGCACGUCGUGUUGCCAAGCCCGGCUCUUUUAAGUAAAAUAGUCUUACUUUCGAACUCAAAAUGCGUGGUUAUGUUUUUAAUUUUCUUUUUACAAAACAAAAGCUUCUCUUUUUCUUCUCCUGUUUUUGAUUCAUGCCUUAAUGUUUGACUUUGUUAAGGCUUUAUGCUGUUGAAUGUAAGCUGGAUUCGUCUUCUCUGGUUCACCGUGCAGUCUUCCUUUUUAUAUCUUUGCGUUUUUACUUUCGUCUUUUUUGUAUCUCUGUUUUCUUUUACUCGGUGUUACAGGGCCAUUGUCCCCUUCUGGCCACGGAAUAAAACUUUCAAAAUGA